AUGUCGCCGUCGUCUGUGGACCGACCACAGCAGCAGCAGCAUCCGCUGAUGGUGCAAGACACAAUGGACAACGAAAGAUUGAUCGCGGCGGUCGCCGCUUACCCCGAGCUGUACGACACGUCGCUGAACCCGUAUCGCGAUGGCCAACGCAAGGACAGCAUCUGGAACAUGAUCGCAUGCAACAUGAAACACUCAAGUGCUGAGUGCAAGACUCGUUGGAAGAACCUCAGGGACAGUUUUGUAAAGAUCCUGCGUUCGGGAGGCGUCACCAAGCGCGGCAUCGCUAAACGGCCAUGGCGUUACGCGAAACAGAUGGAGUUCUUGGUGCCGUUUGUUCAAAUAAAGAGAUCCAGUAACGGAUACCGCCACAGAAAGGAUGCGCGCCGGCCUCCGCCGCGACCCUUGACCGCCGCCGGACGCUGCGAGGGGCUGCACGUCGGCGUGGACACCGCCGAACUGCCGCCGUUGCCAACGUCGAGUAUCACUGAUGACGGCGACGGCGACGGCGGAGGCUGGAACGAGCGUGUGUCGUGCGACGAGUUACGGCUGCCGAGGAGCUGUUCGCCGACGGCGACCGCCGAGCGCCGCCGAGAUUGUGCGCUGCCGCUGUCCGCCUGCGACGCGCGCUCGUCGCCGUCUCCGUCGCUGCGCGUCGAUAGCGUUCAGUUUGCCGCGGCGGCGGCUCGCGCCGGUCUCGGCCUGUUUGACGUGCUUUGUCCGACCGAUCGGCAGAUGACGCUGAAGAGCGGCAGUGGCGAUGAGUCGUCGUCGGACGACGAGGACGAGUUGUUCAUGAAAAGCCUUGUCCCCUGCCUGCGACGUUUGCCGCCGCCGAAACGCUCCUAUGCAAAGCUGAUCAUUCAGCAGUUGCUUUACGAACUGCAGUACUACACGUGA